AGCCGCAGUCGUCAGCUCAAAAUAACCAUUGAAAGUUGGAAAUGACAGCAAGAAGAGCUGAUCAGCAGAAGAAGUGCCAGAAAGAAAAACCACAGACGACGCGGUGAUCGGGAAAGCAACAAGGGACACUGCGACAAGUGAAAAUGCUGUGGACAAGCAUCUUACGGUUGGAGAAAAAAGUGGAGCCUUUCUCCAAUGGAUAUAAGUCAGUGGUAGUCGUACAUUCAUCCAUCAUUCGAGUCUUCGAGCUCAACUUCAACGCAGUGUCUUACCGGAUAACAAGAUACAAACGUAAAUCAACAACUUUUUGCAAAGAUGAAACGCGCCACAUUCAAAGCUUUAGUUCCUGUCCUACUGACUCAAUUAGCUGUGGCAGUCGUCGGGCUCGAUGGCGACAAUUUGGCGAAAGAAUACGGCGCGAAGAUUCAAAAAGAUAAAAACAGAAACUCGAUGGGCGCCUUUGGAAGUGGUCAGACAGAGGAGUUUGACGAACUUAACCCCAACGGACGCUACAGUGAAUUCUGGCCAAUGAGAUGGCCCAACAAGCCAAAUCAACCGAAAUCAAAUCACAAAACAAAUCACAAAUCUAAGCCACAUUUCCCUAUUCCAGCUCACAGCUAUUUCGCUCCGAUUAUUUACAACCAUGCAUCAGCAUUCAAACCUUAUGUUCCACUUUACGUUCCUAAGAAGACUCCCAGUUACGACCGCCCUACUUCCGUCUCUCCUACAGCUUACUACACCGAAUCACUGAUUUACGGUUACACAACGCCAUCUUAUCCAUCACCGACUUUUUCACCUUCGCCUUACUUUCCUACGGAGAACAUGGAUUCCACCAUCGACCCAUCAUCACGACCUCAAUACCCGUCGAUAUUCUACAAUGAUUUAAAAAAAGAGCCGGAAUCAACUCAGAAUAAUGUCGGCGCAGAAUUCGUUAAUGACGAUAACGAUUUUCCCAAGUUCGACGAUUUCUUAAAACAGAGUUUGAGUUUUCAGCAUUUCAGACCUUGAUCAAGUUUGAGCGAGAUUUCAGGUAAAAUUCUGUGUUAAUCAAUAAGAUAGUUUAUAGUUUUACCGCUGACACCCAUCGUAAUGUCGUUAAUAAUCGAAUGGCAGGCCUAUUCUACUACAACGAAAAUGUACAAUGACAUAAUCAAAAUAAAUAUUACCCCGUGUUGACCCUUAAAAUAACCAUGCAUAACAUUUAAAAAAAAGAAAGAAAAAAGAAUAUAAGUUGUUAUUAUCGGUAAAUCUGGAAUACCGUUAAAGGCAAUAU